AUGGACAGUAUAGCAAUUAUAGGUGCAGGGACCUUUGGGUUAUCAACGGCUUUGGAAUUGGCCAGAUUGGGGCAUAUCGAUGUCACUUGUUACGAUAAAUACCCAGUUCCUUCGCCAAUAGCAGCAGGGAACGAUAGUAACAAGAUAUUCGAUUAUGAAUACAUUGCCCCUGAUGAAAAACCCACUACGGGUGAGAGAUUAGCAUUAGAGGCAAAGGACUUGUGGCAGAAAGAUCCAGUUUUCAAAGAAUAUUACCAUCCCGUUGGAUUUAUAGUGGCAGCUAGCUCCGAGAAGCCUUUGCAAUCAUCUGAAGAGAGAUUUAAAGAAUUGAGAGAAAAGGGAUAUAAAGACUAUGAAUUUUUAGAUAGUCCUGACCAAUUCAGAAAACUUUUACCGGUGCUCGAAGGAGAAAUGCCAAAUUGGAGAGGUUAUGUUUUAGAUAAAGACAAUGGAUGGCUUCAUGCAAGAAAUGCGCUUAUUAGUGCUUAUGAGGAAGCGAAAAAGCUAGGUGUUAAGUUUGUAUUUGGUGAAGAUGGUGAAGUGGUUGGGUUUGAUUCCGACGGAGAAUUGAUCACGGGUAUAAAGUCAAAAUCGGGGAAAGUAUUUAAAAGUGAAAAAUACGUAUUGACUGCUGGAGCUAAUGCAGUGAGUGUUUUGAAUUUCAAUCAACAGCUUGAGGGGAAGUGUUUUACUCUAGCCCAUAUCAAAGUAAGUGAUGAAGAAGCCUCAAAGUUUAAGGAUUUACCAGUAAUUUUCAAUUAUGAAAAGGGAUUUUUUUUUGAAGCCGAUGAAAAUAAUGAAAUCAAGAUAUGUAACGAGUUUCCUGGUUAUACAAAUUUAAAUGAAAAAGGUGAAUCAAUGCCAUUUUACAAGAUGGAAAUCCCUUUGGAAGCAGCAGAGGACGUUCGUCAAUACUUAAGGGAAACUAUGCCUAAGUUUGCAGAUCGUCCAUUUGUGAAAACCAGAAUUUGCUGGUGUACUGACUCUCCCGACCGGGAACUCAUACUUUGUACCCAUCCUAAGUAUUUGAAUUUAAGUGUUGCUUCAGGUGAUUCUGGUAAGAGUUUUAUGUUAUUACCAGUGAUUGGUAAGUAUGUAGCUAAAAUCGCUCUUUAUGGUGACCAUAGUUUGAAUGAGGAAGAUAGAAAAACCUGGAGAUGGAGACCGGAAACUUCGGAUUCUAGAGAUAACACUCAAGAUAGAUAUGGUGGUAAAGGGAUAGUAACUGAUUUGAAAGACAUUGAUUUAUGGGUUUCAGCUGAAAAUCCGAUCCCUCAUAAAUUACAAGUAGAAUAG